AAGAGUUUUACCUGAACUCAGAUGAACUAUAACUGUCUCAACUUCCAACAUGAGGCAAAAACACUUUAUUUUCUAAAGAUGAACAAUUGCAUAAUGGGAAAUGGUGACUUAUCAGUUCAGUAAAAGAUGCUUAUCUUAGUCAUUGUCUUCCUGUAGAGCAAGACUUCUGUGGGAAAUGACAGAGAGAAAUGGAGAGAGAUGGGGAAGACAGAGAGGGAAGAAAAAGAUAGACACCUGCAGACCUGCUUCACCGCUUCACUGCAGCAUCCCAUUUCUCAGAGGAAUCACUCAUCUCGACAGCCAGGGAGAGAGCCUGGAUGUUCAAGUUGGGGAAUGGCAGUCAAUGUGUAUUCUACCUCGAUAACCCAAGAGACUAUGAGCAGACAUGACAUCAUUGCAUGGGUUAAUGAUAUAGUAUCUUUAAACUACACAAAAGUGGAGCAGCUUUGUUCAGGAGCUGCUUACUGCCAGUUCAUGGACAUGCUGUUUCCAGGCUGCAUUAGUUUGAAGAAAGUAAAAUUCCAAGCAAAGUUGGAACAUGAGUAUAUUCACAAUUUUAAACUUCUGCAAGCAUCAUUUAAGCGAAUGAAUGUUGAUAAGGUGAUUCCAGUGGAGAAGCUUGUAAAAGGACGCUUCCAGGAUAACCUGGAUUUUAUUCAGUGGUUUAAAAAGUUCUACGAUGCUAACUAUGAUGGAAAGGAGUAUGAUCCUGUAGAAGCACGACAAGGGCAAGAUGCAAUCCCUCCUCCUGAUCCCGGCGAACAGAUCUUCAACCUGCCCAAAAAGUCUCACCAUGCAAACUCCCCCACAGCAGGUGCAGCUAAGUCCAGUCCAGCAUCCAAACCAGGAUCCACACCUUCUCGUCCCUCAUCAGCCAAAAGGGCUUCAUCCAGUGGUUCAGCAUCCAAAUCUGAUAAAGAUUUAGAAACACAGGUCAUACAGCUUAAUGAGCAGGUACAUUCAUUAAAACUCGCCCUUGAAGGUGUGGAAAAGGAAAGAGAUUUCUACUUUGGAAAGUUGAGAGAAAUUGAGCUGCUCUGCCAAGAACAUGGCCAGGAAAAUGACGACCUCGUGCAGCGGCUAAUGGAAGUCCUCUACGCUUCGGAUGAGCAUUAUUUCCACAGAAUGCAACAAGUCACAAGCAAGUUUACUUUACAUCUUACUCCAGCUGAAUGCCAGACGAGUGUUUACUCCAUGUGAGAUUUAAAAUCCUCGGAUGAGAUUUUCCAAAACUACUUCAGGAGGGCCACCCAGAAGAGCCAGAAGCAGAGGAGCAAGUCCAUGAACAGCAGCCCCAGCAGCAAGAAGAGUACUGAACCAUCUUGGCAGCUCUCAAUACGUCCAUUUUGCGUGGGAACUUUUUCUUCUGGAGAAUUGGAACACAUGUGGCCUCAAGUUCAACAGAAACCAGUUGUUCCCAAAAUGCCAUUAACAUCAGCACACUGUUGCAUAUGCCAGCCAGCCACUGCACUCCAUUCCCACUCCCUUUGCCAAGACGCAUUAGCAGCCGACCUACCUGAGAGGUCAUGAGGUCACAUACCUUCAAGCUUCACCACUUGGCUGCUUGAGAUCGGUUCUGCUCUCUUCAUUUCUUUACAGAACAACAACCUCCCCACCCCACCGCCCUACCACACCCACUACCCACCUUCCCCUUUUUUUCCUGGUGUGAAACAAUGGUAAUUUGAUAUAUGGUAUUUAUAUUGGCAUUUCUCAACCCAGUGUCACUAGAUGUCACACACAUUUGUGGUGCUUUGAUGUUUGCAAGUCUAACCUCUGAACUUAAAUUUGGUCAAAAAAUAAAUCAGAACAAAGGGAAACAGUCCUUGACAUGAAAGCCAUGAUGAUAGUGAUUUGUUUCAUGGGGGGGUGGGGGGGGGGUGGGAGGGGGACAGAGUCAGUUUCUCCUUCUACUUACAAAAUAAAAGGGGAGAAGAUGGGUUUGAAACUAGGACUUUAGGAACUAACAGUGUUCGUACAUCAGCAUGUUAGACAACCAACCACACAGUAUGUCAUUAGUUUUGGAAGACAUUCACUCAAGGAAAACACCAUCGCAUCUUGGCCCCUAACUGCUUGCCCCAGCCCCCCUUCCCCCAGGUUCUCAUGCUGUUUUCUUUCUCAGGGUCCUCUUCAGUCGUUAACCACUCUCCCCAAGAAACUGUCAUCAGUUGUUUGCAAUCCAGAGGGCUCCGUGUAGGUGCAGGUCCUCCCGUCUCACUCAGUCCCUCUCCCUUCUUGUGUGGGUCUCAGCCCACAAACUCUUGUCAUCCAAACUUAGAACAACUUUCAGGGUGUACAGCCCCAAGCUUCAGGAUUCUGCCUCAUGCUACACAUUGCUGGAAGGCAGGAAGAAGGGAAGACCUUGUUUCGAGAAGCUGAAUUCCAAGGAAGAGACAUGUUUUUGAAGUCAAGUCUGAUGUUGACACUGGAAUGACAGUAUAGAAAAAUCUCUAACUCCCACAACCUUCUGGAGUAGGGACUUCCCCCUCUUUGACGUGGCUCUCCUUAUCACUGACCUUUGCCAAACUGGAAGUUCAUAAAUAGAGGAAACAUUAAUGAAUUUAAAGCAUUCCUUUUUUUUUUUUAAACUAAUAUUUGCACAUUUUCUUAGUAUCCUUUUGAAAUCUUUGCCUUUUUUCCUUUGACAGAUGGUAUCCCUUCCUGGAUCAUUCAUUUCACUUGGUUCCUAACUUUAGAUUUAUGUUCACUUGUUAUUUGACUUAGCAGGUGCAACAGAUACAAGAAACAAAUGUGCCCACCUCACUUUUCGUCUUCACUGAAAAGCUUAAAAUAAAUUUCUGAAUUAUAUCUAUCAUACAAGCUUUGACAUUUCUUUAUUAAUGGAUGAAACACUAAUCCUAAAUUCUAGUGGUUGAAGCUUUCCACCGAAAGAAGUCUCAGAAUAAACUGUUGGCAGCAAAGUGGUAUUUAUUGAGUUAUAUGUGGAAGAGAUUGCUCGUACUUUGAGGUGAUUGCAGUGCACUGUGCAGAAUUGGACAGAUGUUCUGUGGUGUUCGGUUUCCCUUUCUUCUCUCACCUACUUGCUCUGUGCUACAGCAACAGCUCAUUUCUCUUAGGCUGCAAAGCCUGGCUCUCAGCAGUGACAUCCUCCCACACCUGGUCCAGGUAGUGGUUGUGCUAUACAUAGCAUCAAGCUUCACAGUGUGCUCUCCUGAGCCUGUGGCACUCACUGGUCUUUUUUUUUUUUUUAAGAAGCUCUUGUAAAUUCCAUGCAGAUGAUGUUUCAGUGACUCCUAUACAGUUCUACACCUGCCCUGGACAUCCCAGUACUACCCAGUGCAAGGUACAUCAUGACCCAAACUCCUAAAAUGUGGAUGCAUGUGAGCAGAGCAUGAAGAGGUCCCAUAUUCUCCAGAAACCACCUGGUGCUGUGUCACUUAGCCCUCGGCAGUGACACAGGGCCAUUCCAUUCCUCCCCAGAGCCACAGCUCUACCAUCCAGCUCUUGUGACCUCAGAGAGAACUCUCCCCAGUCAUCAGAGUCCAUUCCUGUUCCCCAGUAUUGGAACACACCCUUUAUUUAAGGAAGAGCUAUAGAUUCCUCUUUCUACUCCCAUCUGAAACAUCUUCCAUUUUACUGAAUCUCAGAGGAAAUCACUGAUGCUGGGGGCGGGAGGUGUCUUUUUAACAUUUGAGUUUCUCAGUACUCUUUGCAUCCCAGCUUCUGUGCAGACCACCUAUCAUUUCUAGGGCUGCUCCUUCUCCCUUGAUGGCUGAACGCCGUGUUUCUUUCAUCUUGGCAUCCACCCAACACGCAUCUUCAUACGGGGUCGAGAAGUGUCCCUGGUUGUGUGUUCUGCUGCUCCUCCUCAGAAGCCAGACUUCAUCCAUAGUCCCCUUCACACCUGACCUGGCUGGUUAUAGCACUUCCACUACCCCUGUCAGAUAGGAAGUGAUUGAAGCAGGGGGCAAGAGAAAGCCCAUCCUCAUUCUAAACAGAAAAGUAGAAAAGACACAAACAUCCAGUUGACUGAGAGAAGUAAACUCCAGAAGGGAACCAAGAACUCCUCCCUUCCCUGGUGAGUAUUUCCAUUCUUCCGUUAAGGUUUAAUAUUGCAUUCAAAUUACUUUUACUAAAUAGUACACCAUAAAGCUUUUGUUAUAUAUUAAAUGUAAACUGAAAGGAAUGUAAACAUGUAUUGUUAAUUAUAAAUAUAGAUAAGUAUUGACAUAAUAGAUGAAAAAGUCUAAUUCAGAUGUAUCACAUUCAUUUUACAUCACCCACCUAUUGUCGCAUGGUAGAAUAGCUUUUUGUCUCUGAAUAUGUGAAUAACUUGACUUGCGUUUAUCUUUUUACAUAUUUAAUAAAAAAAAGUAUAUGUUAAAAUCAA